AUGAGUACGAACAGCGGGCUCAUCCAUGAGGACGCCCACGAGCUCCUCCAGCCGUUUGUGCGCACAGAGAUCACUCACCUGUCGCUGGCACUAUGCGUCCUCGGGUUCUACCUCGUCACCAUCGGCCAGUUCUCCUACAUCCUCAAGUCAAGGCUGUUCAUGUCGAGCGCCCUCAUCUCGCUCUGCGUAGGAAUAGCCGUCGGUCCCAUUGGCCUAGAUUGGGUCUCGCCGUGGCAGUGGGUCAACUUUGACGAGGAGGCGAGGUACAACUUGACUUUCCAGCUCACCCGGCUGGUCAUCGGCAUCCAGGUCAUGUUCGCCGGCAUCGACCUCCCAGGCGCCUACCUCCGCCGCGAAGCGUGGUCGCUCUUCAUGCUCCUACUCCCGAUCAUGACCAUCGCCUGGUUCAUCUCCGCCGGCUUCAUACUCCUGCUCUUCAAGGGCCUCACCUUCCUCGAGGCGCUCGCCAUCUCGGCUUGCAUCACCCCGACCGACCCUAUCCUCGCCAACACGAUCGUCAAGGGUCGGUAUGCUGAGAAGCAUGUCCCGAAGGCGGUCAAGGACAUCAUCUCUGCCGAGAGUGGCGCGAAUGACGGACUAGGGUACCCCUUCCUGUUCCUCGCCAUCUUCCUCAUGCAGCGCACCUCGCACGGCCGCUCAAUCAACGAGUCCCUGCAGCACUGGAUCGUCACGACCUGGAUCUACCAGAUCCUCAUGAGCUGCGUCAUCGGCGCUUUGAUCGGCUACAUCGCGCGAAAGACGCUCAAGUUCGCUCACACGCGCCAGCUCAUCGACCACGAGUCCUUCUUGGCGUAUGGGGUCGGACUGGCGCUGUUUACGCUUGGAGUCGUCGGCGUACUCGGCAGCGACGACGUUCUCGCCUGCUUCAUCGCCGGCAACAGUCUCACGUGGCGAGACUUCUACCGCAUCGAGGCGAGCGAGGAGGACACCUUCCAAGACGUGAUCGACAGUCUGCUGGACACGGCCAUCUUCAUCUACGUCGGCGCCGUCAUGCCGUGGUCCGAGUUCACGUCGGAGUUCAUCUCGCCGUGGCGUUUGGUGGUCUUCGCUAUCUGCAUCCUCAUCUUCCGCCGGCUCCCAGCCAUGUUGGCCCUCUACCGCUUCAUCCCCGCCCUCGACGGAUUCUCGGAAGGACUCUUCGCCGGCUGGUUCGGCCCGAUCGGCGUCUCUGCCAUCUACUACGCUAUCCUCGCGCGCGAGAACUUGCCGGAGGAUCGCGUCGCCGUGAGGGAGAGCGUCUUCCCUAUCGUUAUCUUCAUGGCCAUGUCGUCGACUAUCGUGCACGGCAUCACCAUCCCUGCUACCAAGGCCGCCCCGCUCGCCAUUAAGCGCACGAAGUCGACCAUGAGCUACGCCAGUCGUCGGAACAACCUCUUCAGCCGCUGGUUCCGCGGCAGCGACAACGGCUCGACCUCGAACGUGCCGGACGUCCCGACUCCUGCGAACGUCGGUACGCCUGCUGCUGGUACUCCAGCUGCCGGCAGUCGCGCGGUCAGUCGGCGAACCAGCUUUGAUGAUUCGCAGCACACGAUUCGGGAGGGUGCCGUUGCGAACGGGGGCAUGCCUGCGCCGAUUACGGUUGGGAAGACGGAAGGAGGGGAGUUUGCGGCGUCGAGGGAGGAGGCGCAGAAGGACGCUGAGAAGCACAUGGCAAGGACUGCAGGUGCGGAGGCCGGCUCGGACGGCGAUGUCGGGCAGCAGGAGAUGAGGGAGGCGCACCCAGCGCACGGGAACGGGCACAAGGUCGAAUUUGCCUUGCCUUGGGGAGCGUAG